AUGUCAUACACAACCCUAUCUAUCGAGGAUAUCGAUGUUCCUCUUUCUGUGCUUCUCGCCCAAGCAAUGUGCUCUCCUAAUGGUAUAGAUGACGACGGAGAGCCGAAAAAGAAUUCCUUUCCUUGGACAUGGGAGACUCCCGGUGGUGGGGCACUGCCAGAAGACGGGACAAUUUUGGAUACUAUGGUGCGUGAGAUUGCUGAGGAAACUGAAUUGGUACUCUGGGCCGCUUCGACCCGGGUCUACCGCGUCACUUUCCUUCACAAAGAAAAUUGGAUGGCGAAAUAUUUGGCCAUAGCGAAGACUAGCGAGAAUAUGAAGAGUUAA